CCAACGUUAAAAUAAAGUUAAAAAACAUUCAUAGUGGUCUCCAUCGACCUGUGUAGGGUUUAAUUUUUUUUUUUCUUAGAUUUAAUCUGGAUUUUGAUCACGGUUGCUUGAUCAGAGCAGAGAAAUAUUCUGCCACAUUCUGAGAAUUCAAUUGAGAAUCAAAAUUCUAAAAAAUGUUAGAGCAAUUGCUUAUCUUCACCAGAGGUGGAUUGAUUCUUUGGACAUGCCGAGAGCUUGGAAAUGCCCUGAAAGGCUCUCCCAUUGAUGCUUUAAUUCGGUCCUGUCUUUUGGAGGAACGAUCUGCUGAUGCAGCUUAUCAAUAUGAUGCCCUUGGGGCAUCUUACACGCUAAAAUGGACCUUUCAUAAUGAGUUAGGCCUUGUUUUUGUGGCUGUUUAUCAGCGUAUGCUGCAUCUUCUGUAUGUGGAUGAGUUACUUGCCAUGGUAAAGCGUGAAUUUGUGGAAAUUUAUAAUCCAAAGCGAAUGAUUUACACGGAUUUUGACGACACCUUUAGGCAGCUGUUAAAAGAGUCUGAGGCUCGAGCAGAAGAAAUGAAGAAAGUGAAGCAGAUAGAGGUUCCAAUAAAGAGACAAGGGCAAAAUGUGAGUCAGAAAGCUGGAACUAUGGGUAAGGGAGGAAAGAGCUCAAGCAGAUCGCAAAGCAAAAACGGUGCAGAUGAUGAAGAUGGUAGGAUUUCCAGCAUAAAACCACUUUCCAAUGGAAAUGCCAAUGGAGAGAGUAAAAAGCAUGAGAACGGUGAUGUUGAAAAAACAACUGAGACAGCCUUUGAUGUUAAUAAGUUACAGAAAUUGCGGUCAAAAGCUGGUAAAAAAAAUGAAACCAGUAAAGCCCCAAAGGAAGAGCAAGGGAAGAAGAAACUAAAGAAGAAUAGAGUUUGGGAUGAUAAACCUCAGGAGGUGAAGCUGGAUUUCACAGAUCCUGUAAAAGAGAAAGGGGAGGAAAACGUAGCAGCCUUAGGAGAUCAAGGCAAAAGUAUGAUGGACAAAGAUGAGUAUGAAAGCAGUGAAAGUGAGAUAGAGGAGGAAGAAGAUGCGAAAGGAAGAACUGAUUCUGCCCCCAAGAAGAAAGGAUGGUUUUCUUCUAUUUUCCAGAGUGUUUCAGGUAAUUCUAUUCUGGAAAGAUCGGACCUAGAGCCAGCUCUGAAAGCUCUAAAAGAUCGACUGAUGACCAAGAAUGUGGCAGAGGAGAUUGCCGAAAAACUAUGUGAAUCAGUAGCAGCAAGCCUGGAAGGCAAAAAAUUGGGCUCGUUCACAAGAGUCUCUUCCACUGUUCAGACAGCUAUGGAAGAAGCCCUUCUUCGCAUCCUAACACCCCAGCGAUCUGUGGAUAUUUUGAGGGAUGUGCAUGCUGCCAAGGAGCAAGGCAAGCCAUAUGUCAUUGUCUUUGUGGGAGUAAAUGGUGUGGGAAAAUCAACAAACCUUGCAAAGGUUGCAUAUUGGUUGCUGCAUCAUGACCUAAGUGUUAUGAUGGCUGCCUGUGAUACAUUUCGAUCAGGAGCCGUUGAACAGCUUCGCACUCAUGCUCGAAGGCUUCAGAUUCCUAUAUUUGAGAAGGGGUAUGAAAAGGAUCCAGCAAUGGUAGCAAAGGAAGCCAUUCAGGAAGCCAACCGCAAUAAAGUAGAUGUUGUUCUUGUGGAUACAGCUGGACGAAUGCAGGAUAAUGAACCUUUGAUGAGAGCUCUUUCAAAACUCAUCAAUGUCAAUACCCCGAAUUUGGUGCUUUUUGUUGGUGAAGCGCUGGUUGGCAAUGAUGCUGUGGAUCAGCUCACAAAGUUUGAUCAGAAACUAGCAGACCUUUCGACUUCUUCCAAUGCAAGGUUGAUUGAUGGAAUUCUUUUGACAAAGUUUGAUACAAUUGAUGAUAAGGUUGGAGCUGCACUUUCUAUGGUCUACAUUUCAGGAUCGCCUGUGAUGUUUGUGGGAUGUGGACAGUCAUAUACAGAUCUGAAGAAACUUAAUGUCAAAUCAAUUGUCAAAACCCUUCUAAAGUAGGGAAUUCGCUUGAACCUGCCACAUAUUUUAUGUAUUUGGCAUCAUACUUUAAUGAAUUUUAAUUGUCAUCCCAUUAGGGUGCCGUAUUGUUCCCCAAUGAUCUCUUUAGUUUGCUGACUGAGGUUUGUUACUGUACAGAUAAGGACAAUUUAUAACAGUGUUGUUUGAGUAGUUAUUCUGAAUUAAGCUUUACAAAAUGCUCCUGUGGGUUGAGGUAAAAUAGUCAUCACAAAUUCUUGUAUGAGUGCCAGCAUUUGUUUAGCACGCGACUUGGAGAAACUCUUUAUUUCUAUGACCGAAUCAUCACAUCACCGUUUGUUGUCAA